UGUGAAAAGUGAAACAAAAAGGAGGAAAGCAAUAACCGGUCUUGCUGUUCCCACAACUGUUUUUUUGUGUCUAACAUGCAGUUUACCAGUCCAAACAAAGCAAGUUUCAGACUUACAGCAACAAGAAGCAAAGCUUUGCAAGCAGAGUUACAUCAGAGUUACUUGCAUUACAUAUUCUGAGGUAAAAUGGAUAUGGAGACAUAUGUAUCUGACAGCACAGCACUGCCUGCCAGGACAAGAGAUCAAAGAGUAAAGACUGAUGGAAAGAGAGCUAGCUAGUAGUAAAUCAGAAAGGUUGUGGAUUGCAGUCAGAAGAAACAACAAGCUAGAGAUAGAUAGCUAUCAGAUUGGAAUUGGCCACAAAAGCUACUGCUAACUACAUUCACCUCACAUUUCUUCUUCCCCUUUCCCUCCUCCUCCUCUUCUUCCUCUUCUUCUCCCCCACCUCUCUCUUUAAUACCUCUCCUCCUCCUGUUGCUGCUUCUGCCUCUCUCACAUCUUCUUUCUUUCCUUCUCUGGAUCUCUUCCAUCUUCAGAAGAGAGAGCACUAGUUAGCAUACCCAUCCAUGAUGAACAUGAUGACCGAUCUGAGCUGCGGGCCAUCGUCGAUGACGGAGCUGACCGCGGCAGCGGCGCCGGCUGGGUCAGGAUCGUCGGCGGCGGUGGCGGCGGGGAGCAGCGAGAAGAUGGGGAGGGGGAAGAUCGAGAUAAAGCGGAUCGAGAACACGACGAACCGGCAGGUGACCUUCUGCAAGCGCCGCAAUGGCCUCCUGAAGAAGGCGUACGAGCUGUCCGUCCUCUGCGACGCCGAGGUUGCCCUCAUCGUCUUCUCCAGCCGCGGCCGCCUCUACGAGUACGCCAACAACAGUGUGAAAUCCACCGUUGAGAGGUACAAGAAGGCAAACAGUGACACCUCCAACUCUGGCACAGUUGCAGAAGUCAAUGCCCAGCACUACCAGCAGGAGUCCUCCAAACUGCGCCAACAAAUCAGUAGCUUACAGAACGCAAACAGUAGGACCAUAGUGGGGGAUUCUAUCAACACCAUGAGCCUCAGGGACCUUAAACAGGUAGAGAACAGGCUGGAGAAAGGCAUAGCUAAGAUAAGGGCUAGAAAGAAUGAGCUGUUAUAUGCUGAAGUUGAGUACAUGCAGAAAAGGGAAGUUGAGCUGCAGAAUGACAACAUGUACCUGAGGAGCAAGGUUGUUGAGAAUGAGAGGGGACAGCAGCCACUGAACAUGAUGGGGGCAGCAUCAACAAGUGAAUACGAUCAUAUGGUUAAUAACCCAUAUGAUUCCAGGAACUUUCUUCAAGUGAACAUCAUGCAGCAGCCUCAGCAUUACGCCCAUCAGCUGCAGCCAACUACCCUUCAACUCGGGCAGCAGCCGGCCUUCAAUUAGUUUUGGUGUAGACACCGUACGUACACACGUACGUUAGAUGAAAUCUGAAGGCGUCGAUACCCGCGGCUACGUAACAGCGUGAUCAACCUGAAGAAAUCGAUGCAGUAAUUCUAUGUGUUCGUCAGAUCAUCAUAACCAGUAUUGUCAUUAGGCGUUGUGAAAAAAAAAUGUGUCAGCAUGCAUUGCAAGCUAGCGUUUGUGGCUGCUCAUCAGCUGCAUGCGUAAUUGCGUACGUGCACAAAUUAAACAGACCUUGCCACCAUUGUGCCA